ACGUGACAUCUGAAGCGAGGAUCGGAGUAGGAAUGGACAUGGCGAGAAGAGGAAGAGAAAGGGUGGAGAAGCUACAAGUCUAGAAUAGAAUAAAUAGCAAAGCCAGCAUCCUAAUCUCUCUCUCUCUCUCCUCUGAAAAUAGUUGCGAUUGCGAUGGGUUCCUCGUGCUUGGUCACGCCACACAUGACAUGUCACAUGCGCAUGCAAACCAACAACCACAUCAGAUUCAUUCAUCAUCUUCUUUUAACAAUAACUCCGGCCAACUUCUCCGUGUCCAUGAUCAUCCCAUGACCCCCUCCUCCGCCACCCCUCGCCGCAAUGCCUCUGUCCCUGUCAGGGGGAGCGCCGCGGCCUCGGCGAGGUCCCUCGCCGCCGGGCUCUGGAGGCUGCGCCACGCCCGGAGGAUGAAGGCAACCCAAGCAGCGGAAGGGAGGAGAGCAAGCCACCACUGCCAUGGCAAAAGAAGGGCUGCUGGAAUUGGAAGCCAUUGCCAAUGCUGCAGUAUCCACCACCACAAAGGCAUGUUAGACAAGAUCGAGGCCUGCGUGGAGGAGCUGCCCUCCUCGAUGUUGGAGAAGGCCACCAAAUGGGACAACCAACAUCAUCACUGUCUCUCGCGAUGGCGAUCAACACCAGCAGCCCGUUCUUCUCCUCUGAUGCUCCUACUAAUGGAGGCCGAGCUGGAGAAGGCGCGUUGCCACAUCAGCGAGCUCGAGGAGGAGCGGCGCGUGGUGACCAAGAGGCUCGACCGCUUCCUGCGGAAGGUGGCCGAGGAGAAGGCCCGGGUGCGGGACAAGGCCCGCCACGCCGUCGCCGCCCUGAGAGAGGACCUUAGCUCGGAGCGGGCUCACCGGCGGCAGCUGGAGCAGGCUAACGCGCGGCUGAUGCGCGAGCUGGCGGAGGCUCGGUCGUCGGCGAAGCAGCAGGCGGAGAGCUACGAGAUGGAGCGCAAGGCCCGGGAGCUGAUGGAGGAGGCGUGCUCGGAGCUGACGCGGGAGAUGGAGGAGGACCAGGCGGAGGUGGAGCUGCUCCGCGGCGAGUGCCUGCGCAUGCGGGAGGACAUGGAGGAGGAGCGCCGGAUGCUGCAGAUGGCCGAGGUCUGGCGCGAGGAGCGCGUCCAGAUGAAGCUCUCCGACGCCAAGCUCGCGCUCGAGGCCAAGUACGCCCACCUCAGCCGCCUGCAGGCCGAGAUGGAGGCCUUCCUCCGUCGGACCAACCGGGAGUCGGCGGCGGCGAGCUCAUCCGCCGCAAGGUCUCGCGGCCGCGCCAGCCAACACAACAAUGAUGAUUCGGUGGAUGCGGAUUCCGUGCUCGAGCACUUCCUCCGCAAGGAGAAGGAGGAGAUGGAGAUGGAGAUGGAGAUGAACCGCCGCGCCAACAGCCCCGCGUCCUCGGAUUCCAAUUCCAAUUCCAACACGCCGCUGCAGUCCGUCAGCCCGGCGACCGACCUCUUCUUGGCAAAGAUCGAUGACGAAGACGACGGGGGCUACGACAUGGACUACGACGGAGGCAGGGAUUCCUGCAGCUGGUUCGGGACCAGCGAUCGCUCUGCUUUGGAGGCUCGUUCCUCGGGAGCCAGCCGGCGUUCGGCGGGGAAGAACACCGCUCUCAUACGCAGGCUCUGGAGGUCGGCAAUCGCCGAGAGCAGGAACAAGACUGGAGGCGGCUGGUCGCCGUCUUCCGACAGGAGGUCCAGCGCCACCGCGGAAGCGCCCCCAGCAGCACCUCCACAGCAGAGCCUGAGGGAGAAGCUCAUGGAGGCCAGGAUGGAUGAUCACAAGCCUGUCCACGCACUAGUCAAACACAACACAGGCUCUUCCAUCCAUCCAUCCAUGCAUCCAUCUCUAGCUAGUAAAGGAAAGCGUGUCUGAAUAUUGGGUUACAUCAAUGUAUCAUAGUACAUACCAAAAUUCAUUCCCCAGCCUUGCAUGUAUCAUACUCCAUAUGCUAGUCUUGCCCAAUGUAAAUUGUUCACAUAAAGUACACUACUGUUGACGCUAAUAGAGGCCUCAAAUCUAACCCCAAACAUUUUCCUGCCUGUAACUGAAUCUGUCUAUUGACAUAUGAGAAACAUUUGAGAGGCCUGCUGUA